AUGGGUGCUGCGUACCAUAUCUUGGGUAGAACUGUUCUACCACACCAGCUUGCUUUGGCGACCAUCGCUGCCGUUUCUUUGGUGGCAUUGCCAAACCCUUUCGCCUCGUCCGCUAAACAGGUUGACAUCAAAGCUGGCUCGAAGGAAGAGGAGAAAUUCAUUGCUGAGUAUCUUGCGAAGCACACUGAGAACGCCGAGAAGAAACAUUAG